GAUGUCGCAACGGAAAGCCGCAUACAAGUACAGGGCCAGGUUGAACGAUUGGCAGAUCUACAUGCAGAUCGCUUAAAAUUAUACGACCAGUUUACGGAUGCUGCAAAUAAGUAUAAAAAUAAUAAGGACCUUGGUUCAUACACUUCAUCGAGGAAGAAGGCAGAAAAUGAUCUGAAGAAUGUUGGACAGGCUAUAGGUGACUUGCAGGUCGAAUUGAAAUCUUCAAACGCUGAUAUAGCUGAAAAGGUGUGCCAUCGCUGUUUUUAUAUUUUUGCUUCAAAUUGA